AUGAAGCAUAUUGAAGUACAUUAUUCAACUCAGCUCAAACUAAGGGCACGAUCCCCAGCUUCGACUUCCUCAUCGUACAAUUCUGGCAUCUGCAUCACCAGCUUCUCGCUGGGUCUCAAGUCACUCUCAUGCUCUUCAAACAAUUGCUCGAGCGCCGCUUUCUCGACAAUUAGUCUCCCUCCUUCCAGCAAAUCCUUCACGUCAACCCAUUCCGCUUCAAUGGCCCUUGCAUGUCUGUGCAUCUUGCCUUUCUCCAGCGCGGCAAAGAGGCCUUCUCGUCGUUCUAGUGUCAAGAACAAUGAUUUGCCAUACUUCUUCUCAUCGUGA